UCUCUAUGUUUUAGGUAGAACCAUACUUAUAAAACAAAACAAAAGAAGGAAGAAUCCAUGGAGAUGAUUAAGGUUGAAACAAUUGCUAAACAAAUCAUAAAACCAUCUUCCAAUACACCAAAUGAUAAAAAAACUCUCCAACUCUCUAUUUAUGACCAUAUCGUCCCUCCCGUUUAUACAGUGGCCUUCCUCUUUUACACCAAAGAUGAAGUGAUUUCCCAAGACCAUUGUUCCAACAAACUCAAGACUUCUCUGUCCGAAACCUUGACCAAAUUCUACCCUCUUGCCGGUAGAAUCAACGGCGUCACCAUCGAUUGUAACGACGAAGGAGCGAUUUUUGUCGAUGCUCGUGUUAAUAACUGUCUUCUCUCUGAUUUCCUAGGAUCUCCGGAUUUCAAAGCCAUCCAACAGUUACUUCCUCCUGAAGUCAUCGAUAACCCUAAUGAGGCUGCAAAUACAUGGCCUAUCCUGCUCGUGAAGGCAACUUAUUUUCCUUGUGGUGGCAUGGCCAUAGGAAUUUGCAUCAGCCACAAAAUCGCAGACGCAGCCUCAGUCUCAACGUUCAUUCGAUCUUGGGCUGCUAUGGCUCGAGGAGAGGGCGAAUUCGUGGUUGAUCCCGAGUUUGCAGCAGCAAAGUUUUAUCCACCAGCCAAUCCGUCCUUUCAGCUUCCAGUGGAUGAAAAUGCUAACAAGAUAAGGAAAAUAACAAAGAGAUUCGUGUUUGGUGCGUCCAAGUUGGAAGAGCUUAGGGUCAAAGCUGCUAGUGAAGACACCGUAGCCAGACCUACUCGAGUGGAGAGUGUCACGGCGCUUCUCUGGAAAGCCUUCAUUGCUGCCACUGCAUCCUCAAACACAAAUAACUCUGACACACAAAUCUUGAUACAGCCAGCUAACUUGCGCCCCAAGAUACCUGCCCUUCUGCCAGAAAACCUAAUCGGAAAUGUUAUUUUCUCUUCUGCAGUCUUGAGUGUUAGUGGAGGAGAGGAUGUUAAAAUUGAAGAGGCCGUUAAAGACUUGCGAAAAAUGAAAGAGGAAUUAGGAGUUGUAAUCAAAGAUGAGGAUGGGUCGACAUCUUUAAUGAUUGGUGCUAAACUAGCAAAUCUGAUGCUAAGUAAUUAUUCAUUGCUUAGCUAUGAGACUCACCAGCCUUACGCCGUGAGUAGUUGGUGCAAAUUUCCUCUUUAUGAGGCAAGUUUUGGAUGGGGAUCGCCGGUUUGGGUCGUCGGCAAUGUGUCUCCGAUCACGUUUGACAAUGUAACUGUGUUGAUUGAUUCCAAGGACGGACAAGGAAUUGAAGCGUUGGUCACAUUACCAGAAGAGAACAUGAUGUCUUUCGAGCAGAACACAGAACUCCUUGCUUAUGCUUAUGUGAAUCCAAUUGUCUUGGUCUAAUAAUUAUUGCUAUUGUUAUUUUAUGUGUUUUAGUAAUGAUAUAGUUAAUAAGCUAAUGAAAAUAAAAUAGGUAUCUGUAACUAAGUGGUUUGUGCUCUUGAAAUCUUCUUAUAAAUAUAUAUAAUUCAAUUA